CCUUGAUAAAAAAUUUCAGUCUAAUUCCGACCUGAUUGAUAGCAGUCAGCAGUUGGAGAAGAAGAUGAGGACCCAUUCCCUGCCCGAUGACGUGGUGCUGGAUAUUCUCUUGCGGCUUCCGGUGAAAAGUGUGAAGAGAUUUAAGUGCAUAUGCAGAUCGUGGUGCUCUAAAUUCCAAGAACCUGAUUUUUUGAGAGAGCACUACCUCACCAACGCCGUUAGAGGUACCAAUCUUCGUACCAUUGUGAAGAGUAUGUCUGUCUUUGAUCCACUUACCUACGAUCCACUUGUUAUUGGGGCAAGUUUAUCUCGUAUUGUUGUUGAUUUCUCCUUAUUGUCUAAUCAAACUAUGCGGGUAAAAGAAACAAUCAAUAUACCUGUUGUUCUCCCAUCACUUUUUCCGGUUAUGGAUAUGGUCGGUGAAUGUGAGGGCUUGAUUCUCUUGUGUAGUUUUGAGAAUUCUGAUCCGAUUAUGAUUUUGAAUCCUGCAACUCAAGAGCUCAAAACCCUCCCUAAGUCGUCUGUUGAGCGUCCUAACUACACGGAUUAUGUCUUUUUUAGCGCAUUGGCUUUUGGUUAUGAUUGUUCCACCGGCGAUUAUAAGGUGGUGCGUUUUGUUAUUACUGAUGGCCCUUUUGGCUUUAGCUAUUCCGAACAAGUGGAGUUAUACCGCUUAAGCUGUAAUUCUUGGAGACUGAUUACUUAUCCCUUCCAUGAUCAUGUUCUACUCCCAUCACGUUUCAACACAUAUGUGAACGGACACUGUCAUUGGUGGCUGAAUAAUCGAGUGGAAAAGAUCCUUGCAUUUGACAUGACACAAGAAACUUUUCAAGUUAUGGAGUUCUCCUCUUCUUCUGAUUUUACCCUUUGUUGCUUGGAACAAGGGUCUUCCGGCCCGGAACUUAGAGUAUUUCGUAAUCAUCUUGCUGUUUUUGCACAUUCAAGGCAGAAGAUGGGCUGCUUUGAGAUAUGGGUAAUGGAAGAGUAUGGUGUCAUGGAGUCUUGGACGAAACAGCUGGUGAUUGGUCCAAUCUCAGGAGUUGAAGAACUACUAGGAAUGUGGAAGACUGGUGAAUGGUUCUUCAAGACCGAUGAACGUCGGUUAGCGUUGUUCCAUCCGGACACCAAGGCAAUUAAGGAUCUUGAGAUCCAUCACUGUCCUAGAGCAGGGAAUUAUGGAUUGACGCUUCUUAUCUUCACGGAGAGCCUCUUUUCACUCAAUGGAAGAUGAUAAUCUGUUUGAAAUAGUUUGAGCAUUGUGGACUUCAGCUCAGCAGUCUGCGCUGUGAGUUAUAAAAAAGAAAGAAUAACUGUAUUAUUUUGGCUCUUGCUUUACUAUUGACAGUUCUCCAAAAUUUUUACUUGUUCAUUGGUUAUCCAAAUCUGCUACUUGUCCAUUGGAGUUUUUUUGUUGGCUCUGUUAUCAUGUUAUAUGGAUUUGUCCUAACGAGCAACCACUCAAUCUAGCUUAUCUAAAAUUGCUAGAUCUUUUCAUGUAUGCAAGUUGGCCAUUUGGUGGUGUUUCCUGGCUAGAUAAUUCAGAAUCUUAGUUGUUUCUUUC